AUGCCAGACUUCGAUCAAACCAAGGCUUACGUCGAGCAAGAAGACGUCUUCUUCGACGAUGGCCGCGAGAUCGAAUUGUUGCAUUUCAUCUACGACCUGCCAGAGAUUGAUGAGAUCCGUGGCAACCCCAAGAAAGUGCUCGAAGCCAUUGACCAAUUUGGUCGCAAAAAGAAGUACCUCAUGAACGUUGGCGAAGACAAGGGCAAAAUCGUGACCGAUCUGAUUGCGGAAGUUAAGCCGCAGACUAUGGUCGAGCUAGGUGGCUACAUCGGCUACUCCUGCAUCCUCUUCGGCGACGCAGUCCGCAGAGCCGGCGGCAAACGCUACCACAGCCUCGAACGCAACCCCGAAUUCGGCGCCGUGAUUUCCUCCCUCGUCGACCUCGCCGGCCUAGGCGACAUCGUCAAAGUGGAAAUCGGUUCCUCCGACGCCUCCAUCAAGCGUCUCCACGAGCAAGGCCAGCUCAAACGCAUCGACCUGAUGUUCCUAGACCACUACAAGCCUGCCUACACCACGGAUCUCAAACUCUGCGAGGAGCUGAAGCUGGUGACUCCUGGAAGCGUGCUGGCUGCUGAUAAUGUGAUUAAGCCGGGGAAUCCACCGUAUUUGGAGUAUGUGAGGAGUACGGUGGCGCAGAAGCGCGAGAAGGCGAGUCAGAUUAAUGGGACGACGGAUCCGGAUGAGAGGUUUAAUGAUCGUACUGCGGCGCAGUAUUCGAAGCGGGUGGAGAAGGAGAAGUUGGGACAUACGAUGGGGAAUCCGAAUCUGUUGUAUGAGAGUAAGCUCGUUAACAGCUUUGAGCCGACGGGUGUGCCGGAUGGCAUCGAGAUCACGCGUUGCACGGGCGAGGAGAAAUGA